AAACCACGGCGGAAGGGAGGAGGGCCUCUCCUGUCGGUCUCCUCGCCUGCCUCUCUGUCUGUCUGAUGUCGGACUGACUGCUUUUGACAGAUAGAGCCGGUUUUUCUGAUGGUAGCAAGCUAACUAGGAAGGGCGGCUAUACCUUUAAGGGAGAAACCGAAACAAGAAUCAGUCAGCGUUACCGCUGGAUCGCCAGGCUGGUUUACUGGGCUUACGGGGGAUUUCGAUAUGAUAUUUGUUAAAUUAAUUCUUUUGUUUUGCUUCCUACGAGAUAUUGCAGGUCAGUUUGGGAACCCCUUGAACAAAUAUAUUCGCCAUUAUGAAGGUCUGUCAUAUGACACAGAGACCCUGCACAACAGUCACCAGAGAGCCAAGAGGGCACUCUCUCCUCAAGACAGGACUGUGCACCUGGAUUUCCAUGCACAUGGAAGACAUUUUAACUUGCGGAUGAAGAGGGAUACAACUCUGUUUUCUCCAGAACUCAUCAUUGAAGUAUCAGGAGAUGAGACACCUGUUGAUACAUCACACAUUUACAGUGGAGAAAUCUUCGGUGAAAAGGGCACACUGACCCAUGGCUCUGUAAUCAAUGGGCGAUUUGAGGGCUUCAUUAAAACGCACCAAGGAACAUACUAUGUUGAACCGUCAGAGAGGUACCUACAGGACAAGAGGGUGCCCUUCCACUCUGUCAUCUAUCAUGAGGAUGACAUCAAUUAUCCUCAUAAGUAUGGCGCAGAGGGCGGAUGUGCUGACCACUCGGUGUUUGAGAGGAUGAAGAAAUACCAGGCAUCGGUAGUAGAAGAGCCAGCCAAAAGGGUGAACAGUGUGUUCGAAGAGGAGAGCUCCCAUGGUCCAGUUAUUCUGAGGACGAAGAGGGCAGCCGGGAAAGAGAAAAACACCUGCCAGCUCUUCAUCCAGACUGACCACCUGUUCUUCAAAUACUACGUCACAAGAGAGGCUGUAAUUGCCCAGAUCUCCAGCCAUGUGAAGGCAAUCGACUCCAUUUACCAGGUCACAGACUUCAUGGGCAUCCGAAACAUCAGCUUCAUGGUUAAACGGAUCAGGAUAAAUACCACUGAUGAUGAAAAGGACAAAAGCAAUCCUUUUCGUUUUGCCAAUAUUGGAGUGGAGAAGUUUUUGGAGCUUAACUCUGAGCAGAACCAUGAUCAGUACUGCCUGGCCUACGUCUUCACUGAUAGGGACUUUGAUGAUGGUGUGCUUGGCUUGGCUUGGGUUGGGGCUCCCUCAGGAAGCUCUGGGGGCAUCUGUGAAAAGAGCAAACUGUACUCAGAUGGGAAGAGGAAGUCUCUCAACACUGGUAUCAUCACUGUGCAGAACUACGCCUCCCAUGUCCCUCCCAAGGUGUCACACAUCACCUUUGCUCAUGAGGUUGGGCACAACUUUGGUUCUCCUCAUGACUCUGGAAUUGAAUGCACCCCUGGAGAGUCCAAGUUACAGGAGAAAAAGGAGCAGGGCAACUACAUCAUGUACGCCAGAGCCACAUCUGGGGACAAGCUCAACAAUAACAAGUUCUCUAUCUGCAGCAUUGGCAACAUAAGCGCUGUCCUGGCAAAGAAGAGAGACGACUGUUUUGUUGAGUCUGGCCAACCUAUCUGUGGUAAUGGACUAGUGGAAGCUGGAGAGCAGUGUGAUUGUGGCUACAGUGAUCAGUGUAACGACCCCUGCUGCUAUAAUGCCAAUGAAGAGGAGGGAAAAAGGUGCAAACUCCAACCUGGAAAAAUCUGCAGUCCCAGUCAAGGCCCAUGUUGCACACCACAGUGUACCUACAAGGGCUCAAAUGACAGGUGUAGAAACGAGUCUGAUUGUGCCAAAGAGGGCACAUGCAAUGGAGCUACAGCUCUGUGUCCCACCUCAGAACCAAAGGAGAACUACACCACUUGCCGUUCAGAGACACAAGUCUGCAUCAAUGGGGUCUGCUCUGGUUCCAUUUGUGAGAGGUAUGGACUCGAGGUAUGCACCUGUGCCAGCGAAGAUGGCAAGGACGAGUCAGCUGAGCUGUGCCACGUGUGCUGCAUGGAGAAAAUGAAACCCAGUACCUGCAGCAGCACAGGCUCAGAGAAAUGGGUCAAAUACUUCAACAACAAGAUCAUAACGCUGCAGCCUGGCUCACCCUGCAAUGACUUUAAGGGCUACUGUGAUGUGUUCACGAAGUGUCGUCUGGUGGAUGCUGACGGGCCUCUGGCAAGGCUAAAGAAAGCCAUCUUCAACGCAGAACUCUAUGAGAAUAUUGCAGAGUGGAUAAUGGCUCACUGGUGGGCUGUGCUGUUGAUGGGCAUCGCUCUCAUUAUGCUAAUGGCUGGCUUCAUCAAGAUCUGUAGUGUCCACACCCCAAGCAGCAACCCCAAACUGCCCCCACCAAAGCCACUGCCAGGUACACUGAAACGGAGAAGACAGCAGCAUGCAAACCCGCAGCCACAGGCCCACCGUCAGUACAGAGAAAACUAUCAAAUGGGACAGAUGAGACGCUGAGACUGGUCUGCUCUUUGCCUUGGUUCUUCCUAGUGCCUACAAUGGGAGCACUUCACUCCAAAGAGUUACCUUUACCACAUAUUGCAAAAUUCAAAGAACUUGCAACUGAAACAGUUUCACUGGACAAAGCCUGAAGUUUUUAUUGGGCUUAACAAACUCACUCAGCACCUCUGCUCUAAGAGCCAGAUUAGCAGCGGUUCAUAAAGCUUUUAUAGGAGCUAAAACGUUUUUUUUUUUUUCCCAGGAGAAACAGGAGGAGAAAUUCACUGAUCUUUGUUAUGUGGUCUUAAUAUUAUUUUUAUUUCUUUGAAUGUUUUUUUUAAAUUCAAAUAAUGGAGAUGAGGGAAGCAUCUUUGUAGUUGCCUUCCUCUGUCCUCCAUCUGUGCAACUUUUUUCUUUCCUGUUCUUCCUCUCUGAAGUGCUGCAAUCAUCAGCACAAUAGCAGGAUUGCAAGUCACAUGAGUUUUUGCUGCCAAUCAAAAACAACACUGACACAACAUUGUGUUGAGAAAACAUUUUUUUUUUGCCAAUGUAAUUAGUUUAAAUCAAAACACACCCUCAAAAACUGAAGCUUUUUAUUUCUAAAGCAUACAUGUUCUUUCAGUGUGCAGUUGUUCAGAUGUUACUGUAGGCUUUUCCUGUUUCAAAUGAAAUUGAGUUUCCGCAUAAUGAAGAUUAUUUACUGUUUUAAUUCACUUUCUCAGGAUUAAUAACGCAACAGCAAGCAAGUGUGUUAGGUGGAAAAGAUGGCUGCGUGAAUAUUUCAGGGUGAAGUCCCUCCUGGCUGACGCCUGUACAAAAAAAGUUCACUUUAGCUGCCGUGGGAUGUAGCGGGCAGUUUGUAUGAAGAGAAUGUAGAUAAAUGAUCUUAAUCAGAUUACAUUGUCAUCUGUUAUUAGAUGGUGGGUUGUGGAGGGGAGAUUAAUUUUCUGGAUAUGUAUAUUUCUUGUUGUGAUCGUGGUUUUGCAGCUGCGUUUACAUAACGGUGUAUAAUUGGGGCUGAAAUAAAUGGUGAGAGAAUAGCUUUUAAUGAACCUGAUUGUAUCACACUUUUGAAUUUCACACACUUUUCACAGUUGUUUUAAGAAAUUACAAAAUGUGGUAAAACCACUCAAAAGCAGUUAGAUCCUCUAGGCUUCCGUAGCCAGACGAAGAACUUGUCUGGCUUAAAUGUGACUGCAGAUUUUGCUUUUAUGGAUUUUACUUGCUGUUCAGAUUAUUUGUAUAUGUGGAAUAAUUGAAUCAACUGAGUAAAACUAAAGAUUUUAAUUUUAUUGUUGCGUUGUUGCUGCUGUUAACACAUUUACCAGAGCAAACAAUCACUAUGUGUCAGCCAUCCACUGCUGUUCUGCUCUGUCCUUUCUUUUCCUACUGAGCGCAAUUUUCUCAAGGAGCUUUGUUGUUACACUCUCUUGGUUUGUGUAAUUGCAUUAAAAAUGUGCCUACUCAGAACAGUGUGACUGAAAUUGGUAUGCUAGUGUCAGUGAUCUUUACCUAAGCUGAAAUAAUGCAUGACGUGACAGUUUAUCCAAGCCCAGUCUGGGCUGCUGAAAUCGAAAGAAGAAAUAUGUUGGAAAUGAAGUUACAAACACACAUUUUCAAAUUAUAUUCUGCAAUUUGUUUCCAGAUUUUUUGAGAGAUUGAAAUUAGUAUUUAAUUGUUAUUCCCAUUAGAAAUUAAGUCAAAGCUAUUUUCUGCCCAGCCCUGAUUUGACUUAAUCUGAGUUUACAGUUGUCUUCAGCCAGGUUAAAUCAAGGUCAGCUUCACUGACAGAUGGAUGAGAGCACAGAAUACUCCCAAGUUGAGUUACUGGCAAAAAUAUAUGUGUAUAGUUUUUUUCAAAGUUAUUUUAGUAGGGAACACUUUGGUGGAGCAAAGAUAAACUCAUUCUUUUUUUUCUUGCCCUUGCGAAAGAGCUGCAUCAAGCACAGCUGCAGCUCAGCAUUGUUUUCUGUGCAAGGUGUUGAUCAGAUAGAUUCUAUGCAGAGUAUCACAGCACUCAACAGCGGAAAAAAAAAGCCUCUUCACAAAGAAAUGCCUUCAUUGUUUUCUCCUAAAUGGGUAUUGUGUUUUCAUAAUAAAAUAGGUAACUCAUGUCUGUGGGCUACCACAAAGUUUCUGGGCAGAUAAAAUGCAAUCCUCUGUUGCUUCUUCUGCUUAUUUUGUUUGUCUUUUUGGUGCUACUGGUAGUGCUUUCUUUUGGGUCAGAGCUUAAGCUAUAUUUUUCCUUAGCUUUGGCAAAUUUUAGAGCUAUGUUUGUUUUUGUUUUUGGUGUGUGUGUGUGUGAGAGCGGCUUUGCUGAGUCAUUGUUGUCUUUUUGUUGUUAAAGUAUGACGUGGACAUUAGUGGGUGUUUAGGGUUAAUGCUCUGGGAAAUUUUUCUCUCUUUCGCAUUUCUAUGUGAAAAUGUGCGCUGAAAUGAAAGUGAUGUAAACUGAGAAUCCAAACUGGUAUAGAUUCAGCACUGCUGUCUGAUUUUAAUGUCUCCUGUGUUUUAUUGUUUUAUACGGUGUCUUUUUGUUUUCAUUUGCUUUUUUGGUUCUGUUUCCCUACCGUGCUUACUUUGGAAAUUUUUCUGAAUUUGCAGAGGUAUUGUGAAAAAAUAUGAUUUCUUUUGAACUACUUGAAAUGCAUUAAUAAACCAGAAUUGAUCAAA